GGAGGAGGAGGGAAAGAGAUAAGUGAUCUAAAGGAGACACGAUAGGACAAAAAGUGAUGAUGAUGAAUACAUUGGAAAGUUUUUUGGCCCUGACGAGGGUGUCAGAUUGAAUGGCCUGUGCGCAUGUGCGAAGGUGUCCAAACUGACAAUGCUCGUGAGAUGAAGAUAGCGCUGCUGCUGCUUCUGAGCUCAAGGAGGACGCGAGGAAUCUACAAGCCGACAAGAUGAGAUCCAAGGCGAGGGCGAGAAAACUGGCCAAAAAUGACAGCGAGGCAGUAGACAGCAUGUACGACACAGAGCCCAAUCUCGUGACCGGCGAGAGCGCAGAAGAGGAGACAGAAGACAGCAUCAUGUCCCCCAUCGCGGUGGGGCCCACGUCCCCUCAGACCUGCAAUGAGGACUUCACUCCUAAAGAGGGCUCACCCUACGAGGUGCCCGUCUACAUUCCCGACGAUAUUCCCAUACCUGCAGACCUGGAGCUCCGUGAGUCGUCAGUUCCAGGAGCCGGCCUAGGAAUCUGGGCCAAAGUCAAAAUUCACAUGGGAGAACGCUUCGGACCGUACAACGGACUGCAGAGCGCCACGGUGAAGGAGACCACUUAUGGAUGGGAGCAAAUGCUGAAUGAUCAUGAAACGUCGUCUCAAGACAGCUGUAUUAAAAAGGUGAUGGACAACAUGGGUAAUGUGAAGUUCUGUCUGGAUGGGCCUCUGGAGGCCAGCGGGAGCUGGCUCAAAUAUGUGCGCACUGCCCCGUCCCACGAAGAGCACAACCUGGCCAUAUGCCACAUCAGCGAAGAUCAGAUCUAUUAUAAAGCUAUUAGAGAUAUUGAAAUAGGGGAGGAGUUACUGGUUUACAUGAAGGACGGAGUUUUCCCAGGCUCAAUGGCACCGAACCUGGAAGAUGAGCAGAUGUACCGCUGUGAACACUGUGAUGAGCUCUUCACUUCAAAGCUGGAGUUACGGCGGCAUCAGAAAUACUCCUGCAGCAGCAGCAACUCUAUCUUUGACUCGCUAAGCGAAGACUUCAAACAGGAGCGCGAAGACAGCGAUGAGCCGGUGCACGAGUGCAAAGACUGUGAAAAAAUCUUCCCUAGCGAGUACAGUCUGGGGCAGCAUAUGAUCGUACACACAGAGGAGAGAGAGUAUAAGUGUGACCAGUGCCCCAAAGCUUUCAACUGGAAAUCCAACCUCAUUCGCCAUCAGAUGUCACAUGACAGUGGCAAGCGCUUCGAGUGUGAAAACUGUGAUAAGGUGUUCACAGACCCCAGCAACCUCCAGCGCCACAUCCGCUCUCAGCACGUCGGUGCCCGAGCCCACACCUGCCCUGAGUGUGGCAAGACCUUUGCCACCUCCUCGGGCCUCAAGCAGCACAAGCACAUACACAGCAGUGUCAAGCCUUUCAUCUGUGAGGUGUGUCACAAAUCGUAUACCCAGUUCUCUAACCUGUGCCGUCACAAACGGAUGCAUGCAGACUGCCGCACCCAGAUCAAGUGUAAAGACUGUGGGCAAAUGUUCAGCACUACCUCCUCCCUCAACAAGCAUCGGCGCUUUUGCGAGGGCAAGAACCAUUAUAAUCCCGGAGGCAUAUUCACACCGGGCAUACCAAUGACAUCCAGUCACAUUUUAGGCAAGUCCAAGUCUCAUCCUGGCUUGAACCAUAGUGGACUUGGCUUCGGGGACUACUUCCCAUCCAGGCCACAUCAUGCAGGUUUGCCCUUUUCCCCAGCACCCCCUGCAUUCCCAGCCCUAUCCCAUGGCUUCCCAGGUAUCUUUCCCCCAUCGCUAUAUCCUAGACCGCCAUUGUUACCUCCUAGUCCGCUGCUCAAGAGUCCAAUUAGUAACAGUCAAGACGGGAAGCUGAUUCCUCUUGAUGCUCCUACCCUUUCUGCAGUCACAUCCAUGAACAACAGCAAUGGCAAUGUAGGGAGCAGUCUCAGCAGCCAGUCAGAGGAGAAUCGAGAAUCCAAACUGGACUUGUCAUUUCACGACAACAAGAAUAAAGUGAAGAUGAACGACAUGUCUGAUGGUAGUGACUUGGAAGAUGUCAACACGUCUAGCGGCACAGAUCUAGACACCACCACUGGCACGGUGUCUGGCUCGGACCUAGAAAGUGAGGCAGAAAGCGAACGGGAGAAGAGCAGGAGGAAGCCAGUACAGGAGAGCAAGCAGGACGAAGUGAGCAGCAGUUCGGUAUCUGUCUCCAGUUCAGGGAACCUCCCUAGUGAGCGUCCUUUCCUGUCCUCCCAGCAUUCCUUUUUCCCACCGCCAGAGGAGCAAGCACUUCCACCUUCUGGGGCCACCACUGACUCCAUCAAAGCCAUUGCCUCCAUUGCAGAAAAGUAUUUUGGCCCAGGUUUCAUGGGCUUGCAGGAGAAGAAAAUGGGCUCCUUAAACUACCAUUCCAUGUUCCCUUUCCAGUUUCUGCCCAACUUUCCACAUUCCUUAUACCCGUUCACAGACAGAGCACUCAACCCUGGCAUGUUCUUCAAACCUGAGCCUAAGUCCCCUCGUGAGCACAUACAGAAAUUACCUACAGCCACUGGUGCGGAUUCACCCUUUGACCUAACCACCAAACCCAAGGAGGUCAAACCUCUUCCUCCACCCCCCAGCAAGCCAGUCUUGCCAUCAAAUACCCCCUUGGCCCCUGGCGAGGAACAACCUCUGGACCUCAGCAUAGGCAGUCGAAGCCGAGCUAACCAGAAUGGUGGCACGCAUGAACAGCGCAAGAAUCAUGCCUUUGGCAUAAACUGCAAAGCAGCUAAAGAUGAACACCCAGCACUAACUCAGUCCCAGAACUUGCACCAGCCCCAGAUGCCUCAACCACAAGUAUCCCUUCCCCAGCCACCUCCUCCCCAGCAGCAGCCGUCGCUCCACUACGCCAAGCCCUCGCCGUUCUUCAUGGACCCCAUCUACAGCAGGGUGGAGAAGAGGAAGCUAAUAGACCCAGUAGGAGCUCUAAAGGAGAAGUACCUGAGGCCGGCACCACUACUCUUUCAUCCUCAGGUGUCUGCGAUGGAAAACAUGACUGAGAAGUUGGAAAGCUUUAGCGCUCUGAAACUGGAUGCUCCCAAUUCCCUCCAGCACUCCUCACACCACCUUUUUAACUUCCGCUCCCCGCCUCCCUCUCUUUCCGAUGCUAUCUUACGCAAAGGCAAGGAGCGAUACACCUGCAGGUACUGUGGGAAAAUCUUUCCCAGGUCAGCUAAUCUUACAAGGCACUUACGAACACACACAGGAGAACAACCCUACAGAUGUAAAUACUGUGACCGUUCAUUCAGCAUCUCCUCCAACCUCCAGCGACAUGUCCGUAACAUUCACAACAAGGAAAAGCCUUUCAAGUGCCACCUUUGCAAUCGCUGCUUCGGUCAACAGACCAAUCUGGACCGCCACUUAAAGAAACAUGAACAUGAGAAUAUUCCAGUGAGUCAGCAGUCUGGGAUCCUCUCGAAUUUAGGAACAAAUAUUUCCUCACCGAACUCUGAGUCUGACAAUCAUGCACUUUUGGAUGAAAAGGAGGACUCGUAUUUCUCAGAGAUUAGGAACUUCAUCUCCAAUAGUGAGCUGAACCAGGCCUGUAGCUCCUCUGAGAAAAGGUCAGAGCUGACGGAGGAGGAACAGCCUCAGAGUCAUGCUCACACCACCUCAAAACUGGAGGAGGAAGAUGAGGAGAUGGAGGGAGAUGAUGAAGACGAGGAAGGCUCGUUGACAGAAAAGUCCCAGGACGAGACGGCUUCCCCCGCCACUAUGGUGCAGGGCACCUACGACGAGGACGAGGAGCCGACCCCUCUCCCCAUGUCCUACGAACACACUCGCAGGUGUAUUGAGGAGGAUGCAGGCCUAUUAGAUCUGGAACCUCUGGCUGGUUUCCCCAAAGGCCUGGAGUUCCAUAAGGCUGGCGAGGAGCCCUAUGACAUUAAAGACAUUUUUAGCACCUCGGUAGAGUCGGAGGCGCUGAAAGAAACACUUUUCAGACAGGCUAAAACACAGGCUUAUGCAAUGAUGCUCUCUCUGUCUGAGAACACCAAUCUGCAUUCAUCCUCCCAGAACUCCUUGGAUGCCUGGCUCAACAUGGGAGGAGGGCCGUCGGAGACGAGCUCCUUUCACCCCCUCAACAACAUCUGAGCACACCUACAAGACGAACCGGAGAUGGAGGGAGAAAGGAGGAGAGGGCAAGAGACCACCGUGAAGAUGCGUCAAAAAGAGCUCGUGAAGACCAGCAAUGCCACCACUACGCGUGCAAGGAGGAGAACGUACUGUUGAGUGAAACAGACACCGACGGGAGAGUUUUAACCCAAUCCCAGCCACUAAAGUAACGUUCCCUCCUCACCGGCCGAUUCAAGAGGGAGCCUUGCAUUCGACUGACUCUCAGAUCACCUCAUUUUCGAUGAUAUGCAUUUCGUAGAGACUGCUCUCUGGGGGUUUGGACGUGGAGAAGCGGACAGGGUAGUCGAGCGUUUCUUCAACUGGAGAUUCGAACCGUUUCUACACAGCGUUCCAUUCUCACGUUGAUUUUCUACAGCACUGUACCAAGGUUUCCUUUCUGUUAACUCAAAAGCCCAAGUCUUACAGUAGAUCGUUGCGGUAGACAUCAACAUUGAUUUCCGAUGGCAAUAGAAGCACUUAAGUCUAGCCCACAACUAGCAUGCUAACCCUCCCAACCGAAGGCUGAAUGCAGUUUGUAAGCCACUGUCUCAAAACGUAAAUGCUGGAAGUCACUGGGAAACCUUUGAGAUUCGUGUUCGGCUGUGUGAUCCUGUCUCGUCCCCAGCCGGACAUCCGUACGAUAAAUCACGCAGCACGCUUGUAUAGCAUCACGGUCAUUGUAAUUAUUGUUGUUAUGGUGAGUAUCGUAGCUGUUUAGUCCCAACUGAAAGUUUGUUUUUAAAAGUUAAAUUAUUCUCCAGUGGGGCAAUUGGAAAACUUUUCUCUUUUUCUUGCAUUCAGUAAUAUGAUUUUUUUUUGAUUUGUUCUUCGGUAAACAGUAUUGUUUCUUUUUAAGCACAUCUGUGCUUAAAUGUUAAUAUAAUUCUUAGUGAAGGACCAAAUUUGUACGAUAUUGUUGUAUGAUGUACAAACUAAGUUAACCAUUGGUAGCAGAGAGUGUUGUGUGCCAAAUAAUCCCCUUUUUUUCUUUGACAAUCAUUUUCCUGAGUGGUCGCCUCCACUGUGUAGUUUUUUUUUGGUCUCCUCUUUCUACUUUUUUCCCCCCGUCGUUGCUACUUACGUUGAUGAGUGUCUGUCUUGUAUUUAUUUUGAUUUUAGUUUUUUUUUUUUUUCCUGAUUAAUGAAAAAUGAAGAAAAAAACGACUUACCCACUCGUUCGAAGGAAUUAAAUUACUGAAAUAUCCUGAAAAUUCAGAAUUGCUCAAAAGCUCUUCGUUGCCAAAAUCUGAAUUGCGAAAGAAUGCGUUUUUAUUACGAGCACAUAAUCGUGAAGUCUGGUUUGUGACGCCGUCUGUUCAACCAUCUAGAAAAGUAGGCACUGCGUGAUUUAAGAAAAAUAAAAAACGAAAAAAAAAAACUUUUUGACUAAAUUAUCAGGUAACUCAAUAGAGGGGCAUUAUAUGUUGACGUAUACGUUUUAAGCAUCUUCGUAAAGCAAAUGGGUCGACAGCGUAUCUCUGGGUUCAAAUCGCACGUUUUUUAAUGUUCCUUUCACUGGGAAGAGCCAUAUACAUCAGCCAGUCAAAUUCUACAUGAUUCAGAUACUUCAUAUUAUGCAUCCCAGAAGAGACAACGUAAGCAAGAGGGCUAUCAAAUGGUGAGCAGCUACACGAGAGCGUAGAGAGACACCCAGGUCCUCAUCCAACUCCAGAACUGUGAAGCCAGCGAAUGAAUCGUAAAAAGCAGCUGAACGCAUAUCAUGAAUGUGUAGAGUAGAUUUAACAUGUAGGUAAACGAGUCAAAACCGAACGUCUGUUUGGUCGGGAACUCGUACUCUCCUCGAUUCUUGUUGGACGUUUAAAGACUCUCCGAAAUCAGCACUUAAUUCAAACGCUUACCCCCGUCUGCCCGGUUCACACUUCACGUCUUAGUACUGAUAUCGAUAAAACUUUCUAAGCAAGGCUGGUUUUAACAAGCACUUUAACUCUUGGGUCAAACAGGCAAUUUAUAGCAGAGGCUUUCAAAUAAAGCACGUUCAAGCGGCGUCGGAAGAGCAGUGAAAUGCUGUGUUUUCACCGCGAACGCACACCAAGCGAGGCGGACUUUCACAGGGACUCCAGCUGCGUAAAAACGAAUUUCAUUUACGCUACCAGGUGGCGCACUGUGUGAUCUUACCUAUUUCCCCCGCUGCAUACCUUCGAGUGAAAUGCCUGUUUGACGCGCACGAUUGCUGGGGAUGUGAUGGGAUUAUGAGUACGGAGAAGUCGUGUCACAUACUACUGUACUGAGCGAGCGCUGUAGGUGGAGAAAUUGACCCACACUUAAAAUCAUCACGGAGAAAACGGUCCAAAAAUGAACAAUGCAGACGUCCUCGGGCCCACUGUUACGUCGCAAACGAACGUACCAUUUCAAAAACCACAGAUAACGUGGUUUCUCUAAAAAAAACAAAAUGUAUAGUAUUUCAAAAAAAAAAAACAAAAAAGACACAGAUAUGUCUGAAAAUUAAUUUUAAACAUGGGUUUGAAAAUAGAUGGUGCUUGUUUCAUUUGGAUAUGAGUUGUAUAUUGCUUCUGUUAUGUUUAUUAAAACUAUUGUGCAUGACUUGUGUUUUAGAGGUCAUAAUGGUGUCCAUUUGUGAAACGUGUAUCUUAAAUUAAAAAGAAAAAAAAAAUAAUGAACUUGUAGAUGCACUUAUUGUACAUGUGGUUAGGUUAGUAGGUUUGACUUUAAGUCCUGUUUACUGCCUUAAAUACUAUGGGCAGAUGGUUAUUGAACUGAACAAUAUGCUUGUGGGAGAGAAAUAAUGACAAAAUUUAAGGAUUGUAGAAUAAUACUGAAAAUUCUGAAAUUCUGAAGUUCUUUUUGAUGCUUGUGAUUACUGAAGAUGUACUUUAGAGCAAUUUCAUGGAAAACACAAGAUUCUGAUGUUAAUUCUGUAGAAUAGAUAUGUAUACCAAAUGUAAUCUUUCCAAUGCUAUGAAGAAUUUAUACAUGAAAUUGAUAUGCAAUAAAAACCUGUGUGCUUUUUAUA